UUGACUUUUGUUUAUUACUCGAUUUAAAGGCGUCUUUCAGAAUAAUUACAAUAGAAGUAUUUUUUUAAUUUCUUGGGUGCUUUUUUAUUGUGAAAUAAUGGCUAAACGAUCAGCCGAUGAAGCUUUUCUUGUGGAAGAAACAAUAAAAAAAACAGAAGGUAAAAAGCACUCGCUAGAUUCUGAUGAAGAGGACAGUGGAGCGGAGGAAGAAAGGAAUAAUGUUCUCCAUGCCGAUGAUAUCGAAGGUGAAGAAGACGGAGUUGGAGGAAUGGAAGGUGAAAUUACCAUAACUCCAUUCAAUAUGAAAGAAGAACUGGAAGAGGGCCAUUUUGAUAAUCAGGGUCAUUAUCAUUGGAAGAAAGAGAAAGAAAUAAGAGAUGGCUGGCUGGACAACAUAGAUUGGGUCAAAGUGAAGGGCAGGCCAGAAGAUAAAUACAAGGUUCACAAAGACAAUGAUACCAAAGGGCUUGGUGAUGAAUCCAGUAGUGAAGAGGAUGAACCGGAAGAAAAAUUUGAUUUGUUAGAAAAUUACAAGGAAAUAUUCAAGCACAUGAAACCCAGGGAAACUAUUGCAAAGACCCUUCAGCGCCUUGGUGCAAGCUCCAAAAUAUCCAGUGCAGAGCGCUGGAAGAGGAAAAAAGCAGGUAUUGUUGAUGAAAAUAGUACAAUUGUUACUAGAGUAACGGAGCUGGCUAACCAAAUCCUGACCAAGCUGGGUAACAUGGACAUUUACCAAGAAACAUAUGAAAAAAUUGAGGCUAUCAUAGCUAAGCAUGAAAAUAAAAAAGAAGACACUGAUUUGGAUAUGUAUGCUGAUGACUUUGAUCAAAAGGAAAAGAGUGUUUUGGACAAAAAUAAUCCAGCUGGAACUGAAAGUGAGAAGAAGGAUGAGGAGGAGGAACAGCAAGAAGUGAAAUGGGAAUUCAAGUGGAAUCAGAAUGAUGAAGACACGUCAGGACCUCAUUCUACUGAACAAAUGCACAAAUGGUCAUCAGAGGGAUACUUCAAAACUGGUGUUUGGGUUAGAAAGCAAGGGGAAGACAGUCAGUUCUACACAUCCAAUAGAAUAGACUUUGAACUAUACUUGUAAACUUAAAAACUAAUAUAAUGAAAUAAACCUAAUUAUAAGAAUAAAA